UGGUAUUUCCCGAAAGGUCAGAGGUUAUUUGUCCAUGUGAGCGUGACUGGCGUGUGGACCAAUAUUUUAUUUUACAUCUAGAGACCACUGCCUAUGAUGUGCACUGUUAAAUGGGUUUGUGAGCCAUACAGAGAGCAAUGGCUGUAACUUUUGAAUUUUGUAUAUUUCAAUAACAAGGAGAAUACCACGUCAAACUUAUAAUGCUAAAGGUUGUAGCGUUAGGUAAGCUACAUUUUGUGAAGACUUCGGUGAUGUGUAAUCGUAACCAGUGAAGAAAAAAUGUAUUUUCCUUUGUAUCGGCAAUUGGUUGAAUGAUUUCGGCUGACUGUUUGCACCGAAGAGUACUUGUAAUUUAAAAUCAGCAUUUGCUCCAGGACAUGCUAAAUUUGCUGCAGAUUAUUCAUGUUUUUACCAAGUCCACGAAUUGUCGUCAAGGAUCGAAAGUCAGAGGUUUUUCGUUUAAGGGUUGGUCUUCCAUUGUGAAAGUUUGCGCAGUUUUUAUUCGUCCGGCAAGAUGAAAAGAUCAGCAGAGGACAAUGGAGCGGAUGGUGAUGCCGAACGCGUAAAGAAGAAGCUGAAAGAAGAUGAGGAUGAAAGUCAAGAGAGGAAAGUUCCUAAGAGAAAAGUGGUAUUGCUAAUGGCGUAUUCUGGCAAAGGAUAUUACGGUAUGCAAAGAAAUCCAGGGUCUGCCCAGUUCAAAACCAUAGAAGAUGACCUAGUGACAGCCCUGUUGAAGGCUGGAUGCAUCCCAGAGAACCACAAAGAUGACAUGAAGAAAAUGUCUUUUCAGAGAUGUGCAAGAACUGAUAAGGGUGUUUCAGCUGCAGGUCAAGUGGUGUCUCUCAAGCUCUGGUUGAUCGAGGACAUCCUGAACAAGAUCAAUGCGGAGCUUCCGGCACAGAUCAGAGUGCUAGGAUACAAGAGAGUCACAGGUGGCUUCAACUCCAAAAACAACUGUGAUGCCAGGACCUACUUUUACAUGCUUCCCACCCUGGCCUUCUCACUAAAGGACCACAACCAGGAGGACACUUCCUUCCGAAUAGAGGCCUUCACAUUGGAAUGGGUGAAUCGCCUGUUUGCCCGCUACAAGGGCACCCAUAACUUCCACAACUACACCUCCCAAAAGGGCCCCAGGGACCCCAGCGCUAAGCGCUACAUCACUCACAUAUCUUGCGGCGAGCCCUUUAUGCGUCAGGGCGCUGAGUUCGCCGUCAUCACCGUGCGGGGCCAGAGUUUUAUGAUGCACCAGAUCCGCAAGAUGAUCGGCCUGGUGAUCGCCAUCGUGAAGGGCUAUGCCAGCGAGGAGGUGAUGGAGCGCAGUUGGGGGGAGGAGAAGGUGGAUGUGCCCAAAGCACCAGGUCUGGGGCUCGUGUUGGAGAAGGUGCACUUUGACCGCUACAACAAACGUUUUGGUGGGGACGGCCUCCAUGAGACACUGGAGUGGAAUGAGGAGGAGGGGGCCAUCACGGCCUUCAAGGAGGAACACAUCUUCCCCACCAUUGUGGAGACGGAGAGGGCCGAGAAGUCCAUGGUCAGUUGGAUGGCCACACUGCCUAUUCAUGACUUUGAGGGAACAGCAAUGGGAAAACAAGAAAAGCCGAGUGGAGAACAGGAUGAUGAUGGAAAUGGAUCCGAUUAAUUUCAACAAUCAUGACACAAACUUUUUUCUUUGCCUUCAAUUAGAUUGCAAGCAGUGCAGAGUAAAAUGGAAGAUUUGGUUGAGUUUAAGGAUUAUGUUUUGAAUAAAUUUUUAGUUUUAAACAAA